CUCUUCCAACUCCAAGAUUAGAAACUGCUACUACAUCACUCUCUAUCUCUCGUUUUUGUUAUGUGGUAAUUAACAGACAACAGUUUAUGUUUUGUCCGUACCGUUUUACUUAACUCUCUCACUGUCUUUGUCUAUUACCACUCUCGUCUCUUUUCUUGCUUCUGUUGUGUCUCUCUCUAUCUUCUUUCUCUAAACCCAACAACAGUCAAAAUCAGGGAAGCCAAAAUUUUCUUUGCUUUCUUCUCCUUUCGUCCUUUCCUUUAAACCGAGACAGUUAGGUUUUAAGAGAGAGAGAGAGAGAGAGAGAGAGAAUGAUGAGUGAGUACUCCCUUUCUGUCUGAGUAAGAGGAAACCAAAAUGGAUAGGGGUUCCAACUCGGGUCUUGGUCUUGGUCCAGGCCAGACAGAGUCGGGUGGUUCAUCCACUGAGUCAUCCUCUUUAAGUGGAGGGCUCAUGUUUGGCCAGAGGAUCUACUUCGAGGACGCUGGAGGUGGAACCGGGUCUUCUUCCUCCGGCGGGUCAAACAGAAGGGUACGUGGAAGCGGGUCGGGUCCUUCGGGUCAGAUACCAAGGUGUCAAGUGGAAGGUUGUGGAAUGGAUCUAACCAAUGCAAAGGGUUAUUACACGAGGCAUAGAGUUUGUGGAAUGCACUCUAAAACACCAAAAGUCAUUGUCGCUGGUAUAGAACAAAGGUUUUGUCAACAGUGCAGCAGGUUUCAUCAGCUUCCGGAAUUUGACCUAGAGAAAAGGAGUUGCCGUAGGAGACUCGCUGGUCAUAAUGAGAGACGAAGGAAGCCACAGCCUGCGUCUCUAUCUGUGUUGUCUUCUCGUUAUGGGAGGAUCACUCCUUCUCUAUACGGAAAUGGUGAAACUACAAUGAAUGGGAGCUUUCUUGGUUCCCAAGAAAUGGGUUGGAAUAGUGCAAGAACGUUGGAUACAAGAGUGAUGAGACGGCCACCGUCGUGGCAGAUCAAUCCUAUGAAUGUGUUUAGUCAUGGAUCAGUAAGUGGAGGAGGAGGAGGAGGGAUAAGCUUCUCAUCUCCAGAGAUUAUGGACACUAAACCAGAGAGCUACAAGGGAAUUGGCAGCGACUCAAACUGUGCUCUCUCUCUUCUGUCAAACCCACAUCAGCCACAUGACAACAACAACAGCAACAACACAUGGAGAACUUCUUCGGGUUUUGGUCCGAUGACGGUUACAAUGGCUCAGCCACCACCUGCACCUAGCCAGCAGCAUCAGUAUCUGAACCCGCCUUGGGUAUUCAAGGACGAUGAUAAUAGCUGUCCGAAUGAUAUGUCUCCUGUUUUGAAUCUUGGUCGGUUCACCGAGACAGAGAUAAGCGGUGGAACGACUUUGGGUGAGUUCGAGUUAUCUGACCAUCAUCAUCAGAAUAGGAGGCAGUACAUGGAAAGUGAGAACACAAGGGCUUAUGGCUCUUCUUCACACCAUAACAACUGGUCUCUCUGAGCCUCUUUGCAUAUGACAAGCAUAUUGUUAUUGUUACCAUGAAUGAUUCUGCAAUAUCUUUAUCUUUUUUUUUUUUUUCUGUUACUGCUUACCAAUAAACUAGACAAUUGUUGCCAGGCAAUGGCUUUUGUAUUUUGCUUUUUUUUUUGUUUGCUAUGCUGAAUGAUUCUUGUUGUUGUCUCAA